CACCACCACCACCACCUCCUCCACCGCCACCUCUGAAGAGAUGAUCAUGUCCUCUCUUCUAAACCUAAGCCCCAAUAACUUCUCCGAUCUCAUCAACUCCAUAACUUCCGACCUCCGCAUCCACCACCACCGUCUUCUCCUCCUCCUCCUCUCCCCUUCCCUCUUCUCCCAAACCUUAUCCUAUCUCCACUCCUUAUCUCUCUCUCACAAAACCCUUCUCCUUGCUCGCCUCCUCCUCUCCUCCCUCCAUCUCCUCUUUCCUUCCUCCUCCUCCGCCUUCCACCGCCGCCACCGCCUCCGUCUGCCGGACCUUGACGCCGCCAUCCUCCUCUUCACCAUGUGCCAAGUCUACACUCCCAACCACCACCCUAUCAACUGGCAUGCAACCAUAUCAAACUACAUACUCAACUCCACACUUAGUCUUUCCGGCCUUGGUUUGCAUGGCCUUAUCUCAAAGUACGUAGACAUGGCUGUCAAGUGUAGAAGACUAGUGGACGUAGCCAUGAGUGGAGGUCUUAUCCACUGUGAGAAACAAGUGGCUGCUUCUGUGAGGGUUGUUAUAGGGUUACCCUCUGUUCAGUGUGACAAAGAAGGACAGGAGUGUGUUGUUUGCAAGGAGGAGAUGGAGGUUGGCAGGGACUUGUGUAGGUUGCCUUGUGAUCAUGUCUUUCAUUGGAUGUGUAUUUUGAAGUGGUUGAGAAGGACUAAUACUUGUCCUUGUUGUAGGAUGGAGCUUGAGACUGAUGAUGUUUUCUUUGAGAUUGAUAGGAUUUGGAGGAAGGCUGCCGGAAUGUGUGCUCGCCGGUGUGCCACUUCCGGUGGUGCCAGUGGUGGUAAUGGUGGUGGUCUUCGUAGACAUGGUGUUUAAUUAGUGCUAGCUUUUGCUUAUACCGGAGGAUGUAUUGCAUUAGUUGUUUAGAUAUAUGAGCGUUUUACAAU